ACGAAAACGAACAAACUGGAGCAGACAAAUUUGUGUCUUGCAAGUUUAAGCGACCACAACAAAUGUUACGUGAUGGCGGCGACCCACGCAGAGGAAAGUGCCACUGAUUUUGGACGAAAUGUCUACAGGAACAAAGGCGGGCCUCACGGACUUGGAGACCCAGAUGAUAAAACUCUAAGGAGAGUUGAAAUAGAAGUUACAAUUCCCAAGAAGAUGAGAGAUAUUGCUCGUCAAGAGAAAUGCACAAAAGAAGUAGAAGAUUUUACCAACUGUUGUAAGGAAUCGAGUUUAGCAAUGGUCAUUAAGUGCCGACCAUUUAAUACUGCAUUAUGGGACUGCUUGGGCCGUUGGUAUAAUGAUAAAGAGUUCAGGGAAUUAUGCACUCAAAAAUACCUGGAGGAGCGCUCUGAAUACCGAAGAACUGGCCUGACAAAGAAACAGCGUAAUAGACUGGGAACAACAGGAUUUUAGAUUCUCUUUCAUAAAAUUUAGCCUGUAAGAGGUGAAUUUACCCUUGGUGUAUAUAUAUUAGUGUGUGGUAUUAUCCAAUUGUGAAUAUUUCCUUGUUAUUCCUGUUAACAAUAAAGCUGUGUCUGUGAACACAAUUUAUAAGAAGUU